AUGAAAUUCGCGGAGCAUCUGAGUGCUCACAUUACGCCGGAAUGGAGGAAGCAAUACAUCAACUACGAGGAAAUGAAGGCUCUGUUAUACGCUGCUGUGGAGCAAGCUCCAUCAGCAGAUGUAAGCGAAACUCAUGUACUAGAAAGCUACUUCAGCAAAUUUGACGAGAAGUUUUUCCAUUACUGUGAUAAAGAACUCACCAAAAUAAAUACUUUCUAUUCUGAGAAACUAGCAGAGGCUACACGUAAAUUUGCAACUCUCAACAGUGAACUGAGCGAGAUUUUAUCAGUUUCUGAGGAUAAUCACACUGGCAAUCACAAGGCACGCUAUCGCAGUCAUAUCCUUCAUAAGAAACCAGUGUCAGCGAGCAAACUGCAGAAGCUGAAAUGGGCAUUCUCUGAGUUCUACCUCUCAUUGAUUCUGUUGCAAAAUUACCAGGAUCUGAAUUUCACUGGAUUCCGCAAGAUAUUGAAGAAGCACGAUAAGCUUCUAAGCGUAGAUAUCGGUGCCAAAUGGCGGGCGGAACACGUCGACACAGCGAUCUUCCACACGCGCACGGACAUAGACAGACUCAUUACGGAAACCGAGACUCUAUUCACGCGGGAUCUGGAGCAAGGCGAUCGUCAACGCGCGAUGAAACGGCUCAGAGUGCCUCCGCUCGGAGAGCAUCUUUCUCCGUGGAUUACUUUCAAGGUCGGCCUCUUCUCUGGUGCAUUCAUCAUACUUUUUAUAGCUGUGAUAAUUUCCGCUAUGCGAUACAAAAACAACAAUAACUGGAAGGUGUUAUGUCGGAUUUAUCGUGGACCACUUCUCAUGAUAGAAUUCCUCUUUCUCAUGGGAGUCAAUGUUUACGGCUGGAGGUCCUCUGGCGUGAAUCAUGUGCUGAUAUUCGAGCUCGAUCCGCGUAAUCAUUUAUCAGAGCAGCAUAUCAUUGAAAUGGCAGCCAUACUCGGCCUGGUCUGGUCUAUGUCUAUUCUAGGCUUUCUCUACAGCGACACGCUAUAUAUACCGCCGUUUGUCCAACCAGUGCUGUUUUACGCGCUGCUGGCCUUGUUCCUAUUCAAUCCCACCAAAACGUUGCGGCAUGAGGCCAGGUUCUGGACGUUGCGUGUUUUGGGUCGCAUCUUCUGCGCGCCCUUCUUCUACGUAGGCUUCGCGGACUUCUGGCUCGCUGAUCAGCUCAAUUCCCUCCACACGGUCUUCCUGGACUUUCAAUACUUUGUCUGCUUCUACAUUCAGAACUCUUCCUGGACUGAUGUAACAGUAAAUGCAGAGACAUGCAUAAUGCGCGAACUAUCGAUGAGACCGUUCGUCGCGUGUUUACCGGCGUGGUUCCGGUUCGCGCAAUGUCUCAGGCGUUAUCGAGACACUAAGGAGGCUUUCCCGCAUCUGGUCAAUGCGGUGAAAUAUGCAACGAGCUUUUUCGUGGUCAUCUUCUCCUAUUUGCACUUGAGAAGCUCAAAAUACUACGCACUGUCCACUAAGAAUCCCUACUUCUACCUGUGGCUAAUAGUCAGCAUGGUGAGUUCUUGUUUCACGUACACAUGGGACGUGAAACUGGACUGGGGCCUCUUCGAUAGCAGAGCCGGGGAGAACAAGUUUCUUAGGGAAGAAAUAGUUUAUUCGUCACCCUACUAUUACUACUUCGCGAUAGUCGAGGAUUUUAUUCUGCGAUUCGGGUGGGCGUUUUCCUUGUCCCUGACGGAAAUGGGAUACGUUCACGCGGACCUUAUGGUCUCCAUAGUCGCUCCGUUGGAGGUCUUCAGUAAUGGAAUAGAUGAUCGUCGAAAGUCGAAGGUGACUUGAUCGACGAUUUACCAGCCGAUCUAAUCAUUUGUCAAUGCGCCUUACUAAUGAGUCGCUAGAAGGUUCACGUGGAAUUACUUCCGGCUGGAGAACGAGCAUCUGUACAACGUAGGCAAGUUUCGGGCCGUGCGGGAUAUCUCCAUAGGGCCUGUAAAGCGCGACGAGAACAACUUCAGGAAUCUGAUUCGUCUGAUGGAUCGUGCGAACGACUAUGACGACGAUAAUAACGGCGACGAUGACGACGACAACGAUGACGACGACGAUGAUGAUAAUGAAGAACUGUUGGGAUCCUAUGACUUCAGUGUUUAAUGCGUUGUAAUUUAUGUUUUUCCUAAUUAGUUGCUUGCAAUUUCAAUUCGUAACACCAAAAUGUAGCCCACUUAUUGAAUGCAUUAUGAUUUAUUAUAGUUUGCACGUUUAACAUGUGCUGGGUCGGUGCAAAAGGCUUGUUAAAUAAAAAAGCAAACGAGAUUGUCCAGUCUGGAAGGACUAAUAAUUUUUACGAAUAAAAUGAACAUCGACUCGGUAUUUUUUUAGACAUCUAAAAACGAGGAGUUCCUAUUUUUUUAAUAUUCAAAGUUCUUACGACAAUUUCAUUUAAUACAACUUUUGUAAAAUCUAAUAAAAAUAUUUCAUAAAAAACUUUAAUAUACAAAUUUAAUAAAAAAAAAUUGCAAAUCUUUUGCGCCAACCUAAUAAAAUAUUUCUUAGUAAAUGCACAUAAGUGUUGUAACGUCGUCAAUCAAAAGCUGCGCCGUGUUCCAGCGAGAUAAUAACAUCUUCUUAACUUCACUGAUAUAUUUUCCUUUUACCUCAGGCGUUUCGUGUGGAACUUCUUCCGCUUGGAAAACGAGCACCUGAAUAACUGCGGGAAAUUCAGAGCAGUGCGGGACAUCUCGGUUGCACCGGCUGACUAUUCGGAUCAGACGCAGAUACUGCGAAUGAUGGACUCCACUGACGGUGUGAUCA